GCAUUCAAACGCUCCCUCUCACACACACACACACUGUCUCUCUCUCUCUCUCUCUCUCUCUCUCUCUCUCACGCUACUGCGAAAUAUAAUACAAUAGGGGGAGGAGGGGGGAACGCAACAACGACUUCGUCGUCGUCGACGACUCCUACCUCCACCUGCUCCCCUCUCCCCCAUCACCUCCUCCUCGACGAUGCACUAGUUUCUUGUUACCAGCUGAAGAACAUAUUAUGAAAUGGAGUCUCUGAGCGCCACCUCGCUGCUGCCUGGAUUCGGGUUUCAUCCGACCGACGUAGAACUUAUAUCUCACUAUCUGAAGAGGAAAGUACAUGGCCAGAAAAUCGACUUCAAUAUUAUACCAGAGGUGGACAUAUAUAAACAUGAACCAUGGGAUUUACCUGCAAAAUGUAAAAUCCCGACCAGAGAUAGCAAGUGGCAUUUCUUUACUUCUCGCGACCGAAAGUAUCCCAAUGGCUCACGAUCGAAUAGGGCGACCGAAGGGGGUUACUGGAAAUCAACUGGAAAGGACCGGAACAUCAAGUCUCAGAACCGGGUUAUAGGGAGCAAGAAAACCUUAGUUUUCCACGAAGGUCGCCCCCCUUCUGGAAAGCGGACGGAUUGGAUUAUGCAUGAAUAUUACAUCGAUGAAAAUGAGUGUAAAGCUGCCCCUGAUAUGAAGGAUGCGUACGUUCUAUGUCGUGUUACCAAGAGAAACGGAUUGCCGUCAGAAGCCGAUAAUUCGCCUCUACCUGAGGAGGUCAAUAACCACCCGCAGCAGCCAAAUGAGACAACCGAAUCAGUGAUCUGCCACAAAUCAACAAGCCCAGCUGAUAAUGUUGAUGAUAUCGAAGAUUGGCUUAAUGAGCUCUUGGAUCCCAACUUUUCUGGAAUCACCGCUCCAGAAGAUCUAAAAGUUGAACCAGAGAUCUCACAGGAAGGUGUCACUUCCGUGGAACCAAAGUUGGAGCCUGUCGAUUCUAGUGUUGAACAGAAUAUUCUAGACGACUCGAACUUCCUAUUGGAGGAGGAUAUCUACAGUAUUCUGUACUCUAAUCCUGAUAGCUAUAACUACAAUUUGUUCGAAGAUCUUGCAAUGGGAAACACAGAUGCUCCUUUCGCUUCUAAUGGUAACUGGCUAACAGAAUCUAAUCAUAAUUUUCCUGCAACCAACUUGGAAGAUGAGUUCUUUGACGGUAAAGCUUUGACCCACAUGAACGAAAACAACGACGCGGGAAUUCAGAUACGAAAAAGGCAUAAAAAAGUCGCUGAGGCAUCCGGCACUAAGAGCAGACUUCAAGUCCAACUUCACAAAAUGGAAACGAGAGAGGCGGAGUCAGUUAAUCAGUCCGUCAAGCUUGUCGAUCACUAUAGCCUUGUUGAUCUAGUUAAAGAGAUCACGGAGUCGAAGAGCUCACUUGGCUCCGAUGAUGAUUCACCAAAGUCAGGUACUUUGAUCAACGGCAUUAGCUACAACAGGAGCGUCAUACGGGGCUUCUUUGUGCCACUGAGAGAUCGUACAUCGGCUGGUUUGAAGCGUUUGUUUGUUGGUGCUUUUACAGUGGCAAUAGUUGGUCUAAUACUUUAUGUUCUGUUCCAAUACGCAAGCCGUUUCACAGGAAGUUUUUCUUCCAUUGGUUAUAGCUAAUGGAUGCAUCGUUCGUUUGCUCACUCUUUCUUUUCGAAACACUUACAGAUUCACGGCUUCAUAGAAACUUUCAAAGGAGUUUAUGACAUGUAGAUCGGCUCAAUUGGAAGAACUACUGAAAAGGGAAAUUUCUACCAUUGGUACCGUCGGUUUGUCGCUUCGUACUCCAUUUUCUGUUACUUGGUGUACGCUACUUUCUCCUAGGAUUUUCUUGGCCUGCAGUAGUUUUGAUUUUUAACGGUUUGAGAGUUACAGAUUAUGACUUGAGUAUAGCCAUUACAGAGCUCUUUUUUUUUGCUGUGUUUGGUCAUUAAUGCAUGUUGUUGGUGUAGUCUUGUACAUAUAACAAUAAUGUAAGAGCUCUCUUUUUGAUCCUUUUGUUUCUAGAAUGAUACACAGUGACCUCUUGUCUUAUAUAUUUCUGUAUAAUAAUAUUCUUCUAAAAAUA